CAGAUCACAUAGACUAACACUACACAACGAUUUGUUAAGUAAAACUAUUCCUAUGAGGAGGGGCCCACUUGUGCAACUGCAAGGGUCAUGAUUAGGAUGGUGGAGCCCGCCUCGUGGACGGUCCUGAAUGUCGUGGAAGCAUUUUUCGAUUUUAAUAUCUGAACAGCCUCCCUCGAACUCGAUCCAUCUUCCCUCAAACUCGCAUUUGGGAUUUUCGAAUUCGUUUCUUGCCUUGUGUGUUACUGUGUGAGAGAUACAAUGGCGGAUGAAGAAGAAGAAUCAGAGCUUAGUGACAAGCAGAAGGUGGAAAUAGCCAAAUGGUUCCUUCUCAAUUCUCCCCCUGGUGAAAUCCAAUACGUCGCUAAAGAUGUGAAAUCGAUUCUAAACGACGACGUUUUGUUCGAUGAGGCGGCGUCAGAGGCAUUCCCCGUUUACAACAAAUCCCACUUGAUUUGCCUCGCAUUGCCCAACCGAAGUGGUGACGUACUUGUUACUUCCUUCAGUGAGCUUGAAGGGAAUGCGUUUCUUGAUCCCAGGACUACUCAAGUGGCUACUGUCGAUCACGUUAAACAAGUUUGUACAGGCGUGAGGCCUGCAGCGGAUGAAGAACUUCCAUCUCCAUACAUUGAAGAAUAUCGGUGCAGUCUGGAUGCUGAAAUACUUAAAUAUGUUGAAGAAGCUUAUCCAAAAGGUGUUUGCUCUGUCUAUUGUGCAAAUGGGAAAGAUGUAGAGGGCCCAGGUGCUGAUUUUGAGCUUGCUGUGGUGAUUUCUGCUGCUAGGCAUAGCCCACAAAAUUUCUGCAAUGGAAGUUGGUGUUCAAUAUGGAAUGUUGAGUUCAAAGAUGAACAACAAACAGUGGAAAUUAAGGGUAAAAUACAGGUGGGUGCACACUAUUUUGAGGAAGGAAAUGUGCAGCUAGAUGCGAAACAUGAAUGCAAAGAUGCAACUCUUUUUCAGGCCUCUGACGAUUGUGCAGUUGCCAUAUCAGGCAUUAUUCGUCACCAUGAAACGGAGUAUAUGGCUUCUCUCGAGGCAUCAUAUCUAAGCCUGCCUGAUUCUACUUUCAAGGAUCUUCGGAGGAAGCUACCAGUCACCCGCACCUUAUUUCCGUGGCAUAAUACUUUGCAAUUCAGUUUGACGAGAGAGGUCUCAAAGGAACUUGGCAUUAAGUAAAUAUUGCUCAACAAAUGAAAGUUGUGUUUACUCGAAGUCAGUGGUGACAAGUUUCUUAUGUAUUCACUCACUUUAAUGUAAUUUGGUAAGGUCAAUCAUUCUUCGGGUUGGCUUUCUUUACUUUACCACAAUUGCCGCACCCUGCUACUGUCGUAGUCUAUUCCCUAGGUGUAUUGUACUGUAAUUCCUUUUUUGAUAGCAUUUGUAUAGCAGUAAAAAAGAUUUGACGCUUGAUUCCAGCUAUUAAUUGUUCCCCACAAUCAGAUGUAAGAACUUUCCGUCACCGACAAUUCGAAAUUACAAGAAGCUGGCUAUAUAA